GUCGCUGACCCGAGGUGUUCAUUUUCCAAUUCGCCGACACACACCGAAAUGUCGGCACCAACAACGACCACAACAAUACCACAAACCGCAGAUGAGUUUCUCGUCGACGGUUCAGAGGCUUUUCACGAGCGCAUGGCGGCGCAGCUCGAAGCCGCGAUGGCCAAGCCGCUGCCGCAGAUGGAAAUUCGGUUCCAGAACCUCUCGGUCGCCGCCGACGUGCAAGUGGCGACCAAAGACGGUCAUGAGCUUCCGACCUUGUACAACCAAGGCAAGAAGGCCAUCAUGCGCCUCUUCCACACCAAGCGCGUCAUUCGGAAGGACGUGUUGCAUCCGAUGACCGGUGUCUUCAAGCCGCGCACGAUGACACUCGUGCUCGGUCAGCCCAACUCGGGCAAGUCGUCGCUCAUGAAGAUCCUCUCGGGUCGCUUUCCCAUGCACAAGAACAUCUUGGUCGGCGGUCAGAUCACGUACAACGGCGUCGCGAGCGCAGACCUUCAGCACACGCUACCGCAGUUUGCAUCGUAUGUGAGCCAGCUCGACUUUCAUUACGCCGUCUUGACGGUCAAGGAGACCUUGGCCUUUGCGCAUGCGUGCAGCGGCGGCAACCUCGUGUCGCAGCGCGUCUUGGACUCGCUCCAGAACGGGUCGCCCGACCAAGUCGCCGAGGCCACCGCACUCAUUCACGCCCUCUACCGCGCGUACCCCGGCAUCAUCAGCCAUCAGAUGGGCCUCGACAUUUGCAAGGACACGAUUCUUGGCAACGCGAUGCUCCGCGGUGUCUCGGGUGGCGAGCGCAAGCGCGUCACCGUCGGCGAGAUGGAGUUCGGCAUGAAGCAGGUCUCGUUCAUGGACGAGAUUAGCACAGGCCUCGACUCGGCGGCAACCUACGAUAUCGUCAAGUCGCAGAAGAGCAUGGCCGAGUCGCUCAAGAAGACGAUUGUCAUUGCGCUGCUGCAGCCGUCGCCGGAGCUGUACAACCUUUUCGACGAAGUGCUUUUGCUCAACGAAGGUCACGUCAUGUACCAUGGGCCGCGGUCGGCGGCGCUCGAGUAUUUCGAGUCGCUCGGCUUCAAGUGCCCGCCCAAGCGCGACGUGGCGGACUUUCUGCUCGACCUUGGCACGCCGCAGCAAGACCAGUACGUCGUCGACGGUGCGACGUCGGUGCCGCGCCUGCCGAGCGAGUACGCCGACAUCUUUCGCCGGUCGCCUGUCUACGAAGCGAUGCGCGCGUACGUUGUCGGUCCGUUGCCACCGGUGCUGCUGGCCGACGCGGCCAACCACAUGGUCAACAUGCCGGCGUACCAAGUCGACUACAUCACGAGCACCAAGGAGCUCGUCUUGCGGCAGCUGCGCGUCUUCAUCCGCAACCGCGCGUUCGUCAAGAGCCGGCUCAUCAUGGUGCUACUCAUGGGCUUCUUGUACGCGACGACGUUUUACGACGUCGACCCAGAGAACGCAGUCGUGGUCCUCGGCGUUGUCUUUGUGGCGGUGCUCUUUCUCGCGCUCGGCCAAGUGCCCUUGAUUCCCGCCGCAGUCCAAGCGCGCGAGAUCUUCUACAAGCAGCGGUCGGCGCAGUUUUACCGCACCUCGUCCUUUAUCAUUGCGCAGUCGUUCACCCAAGUGCCGUUUGCUUUUGGCGAGACGCUCGUGUUUGGUAGUAUCCUCUACUGGGGCUCGGGCUUUGUGGCCGAAGUCAGCGCGUUCCUCAUCUACCUCUUGCUGCUCUUUCUGACGACCUUGGUGUACGCGUCGUGGUUCUUCUUCCUCGCGAUGGUCGCGCCCAACCUCCACGUCUCGAAACCCAUGGCGAUGGUCUCGGUCUUGAUCUACGUGCUCUUUGCGGGCUUUGUCAUCUUCCCGCACGACAUUCCCGACUACUUUAUCUGGAUCUACUGGGUCAACCCGCUCUCGUGGUGCAUGCGCGCACUGGCCAUCAACCAGUACUCGGCCGAUGAGUUCCAAGUCCCAGUGUACAACCACAUUGAGUACAUGAAGCUCAAGGGCGACACGAUGGGCAACGUCAUGCUCGACACGUUUGGCCUCAAGACGAACAAAAUCUGGAUCCUCUACGGCAUUCUCUUCCAACUCGUGUGCUACUUUCUCUUUAUGGGCCUCGCGUACCUCGCGCUCGAGUACAAGCGCUACGACAACACGGACCACUCGUUUGUGCCGACGACCGACGACGAGACGGCAUGUGCCAAGGACGAUGAUGUAUACGUGGCAGCGCCGGCGACGCCGUCGGCCUCGGUCGUCGUCACCGUUGAGAGCGGGCGCACGGCUGCGAUUCCCGUGACGCUCGCCUUUGAAGACCUCUGGUACUCGGUGCCCAACCCGACCAAGGGCGAGCCCGACUUGAAGUUGCUCAAGGGCGUCAGCGGCUACGCUCUCCCCGGCACGAUCACGGCGCUCAUGGGCUCGUCCGGCGCGGGCAAGACCACCUUGAUGGACGUCAUUGCCGGUCGCAAGACGGGCGGCAAGAUCGAUGGCAAGAUUCUUCUGAACGGGUACCCGGCCACGGACCUCGCGAUCCGUCGUGCGACGGGCUACUGCGAACAGAUGGACAUCCACUGCUGCUCGGCGACGUUCCGUGAGGCGUUCCAGUUUAGCGCGAUGCUGCGCCAGUCGGACGCCAUUCCCGCGCAAGAAAAGCUCGCGUUUGCGGAAGAGUGCCUCGAGCUCCUCAACUUGAUGCCGAUUGCCGACGCCAUCAUCCGCGGGUCGUCGGUCGAGCAGAUGAAGCGUCUGACGAUCGGUGUCGAGCUUGCGGCGGCGCCGUCGGUGCUUUUCCUCGACGAGCCGACGUCCGGCCUCGAUGCUCGGUCGGCCAAGAUCAUCAUGUCGGGUAUCCGCAAGAUCGCGUCCACGGGUCGCACGGUGGUUUGCACGAUCCACCAGCCGUCCAAGGAAGUGUUUGAGAUGUUUGACUCGUUGCUUCUCCUCAAGCGCGGUGGCGAGACCGUCUUCUUUGGCGACCUCGGCACGAAAGCAAGCCAUUUGAUCGAGUACUUUUCGUCGAUUCCCAACACGCCGGCGCUCGAGCUCUCGGCCAACCCUGCGACGUGGAUGCUCGAAGUCAUUGGCGCGGGCGUCGACGCCAAGCACACGGACCUCCCGCCCAACGACUAUGUCCAGCGCUACAACGACUCGACCGAGCACGCGGCGUUGCUCUCGGCGCUCGCAACACACACGCAGCCGCACGCGACGAUUCCGGAGCUCUCGUUCAAGCACAAGCGCGCCGCGGCGUCGUCGACGCAGUGCUUGUACCUCAUCCAGCGCUUCUUCCGCAUGUACUGGCGCACGCCGUCGUACAACUGGACGCGCACGAUUCUCUCGGUCUUCCUCGCGAUCCUCUUUGGCCUCAUGUACCGCGGCAUUGACUACACGACGUACACGGGCGCGACGGGCGGCGUCGGCAUGGUCUUCAUGACGUCGCUCUUCGUCGGUUUGAUUUCGUUCAUCAGUGUCCUCCCGAUUGCCGCCGAAGAGCGCGAGUCGUACUACCGUGAGCGUGCCUCGCAGACGUACAACGCGCUCUGGUACUUUAUUGGCACGACGCUGGCCGAGAUCCCGUAUGUGUUUGGCACGACGUUCCUCUUCACGGUCAUUUUCUACCCGUUUGUUGGGCUCCACGGGUCCGUGGGCGACUGUCUCUUUUACGGCUACAACCUUUCGAUGCUCGUCUUGGAAAAUGUCUACUUGGGACAGCUCAUGGUGUACGCGUCGCCCCGCGUUGAAGUCGCCGCGCUCCUUGGCAUGCUCAUCAACGCAGUCUUCUUUCUCUUCAUGGGUUACACGCCGCCGGCGUCGCAGAUCCCGAAUGGGUACCGCUGGCUCUACCACAUCACACCACUCAAGUACUCGGUCGCGAUUUUGACCGCCGAGACGUUUGCGACCUGCGAUGCACCGGAUGAUCUCGGGUGCCAGGUCAUGACGCACGUGCCGCAGAGCUUGCUGCACAAGAUGGGCGUGCCAGCGAUUCGCCUCAAGGACUUUGUUGAGCAUGUUUACGAGAUGAAGGCGGAUGACAAGGCCAUGAACGUCUGGGUCGUUAUUGGCUGCAUUGUGCUGUUCCGUCUCCUUGCGCUUCUCUGCCUUCGCUACGUCAACCACCAAAAGAGAUAGUGCAAGACGUAUGCUUAUCCCAUUUUCUUAUAUCUUAUAUAUAUCAUUUCCAUGCAAUA